AUGGCAGGAGAUACUCUAUCUGAUGGAGGCUCAGCACCCCAAAUGCAGAUCAAGAAAUAUGUCGUCCUGGGCCAACUUCCAGAUACCCGAUUUCGUCUCUUUGGAAAGAUUGAAAUUCAUGCCCAUUCAAUUCUACUCAAAAUGCAUUCUGCCUUCUUUCGAAAAUUCAUGGAUUCUCCAGAUAAGGUACCUUCAAAAGCUGGAGCGGCCUUUGUAUAUGAGUGGGUCGAUGAGGUCGAUGAUGAUGGUUCUGGAUGGCAUGUCGUUGCUGAUAGUAAUAAAAAAAGUUCUACCAAAUUAUCGGAAGGCAUUUCAGAGCCAGCGACAGAAGUCUUUGUCAGCAUGCUUAAUUGCAUUUAUCGCAUACCAUUUGGGAUUAAUUCAAAGCAAUUGAUUAAACUUACAAAACUUGCAGAUUACUAUCGUUGUUUACCAGCAGUGUCAAAUAAUUUGUAUGCUUGUUUCUAUAUGAGCCCUAAAUUUGAUAUUCGCAGAGCAUGCAAUCUCAUCGAGUCGGCGUACAAACUUCGUCAGCCAUUAUUGUUCAGGGACUGUAUUGUCUACAUUGCUGGUACUAUGCAACGAAUGUUUCAGCCUCAGUCACUGUACCAGGACAAGAACUCCAGUAUGCAACAGGCUCUGCAACAGGCACUGAUGACUGUACGGAACAAAAUCCUCGAAAUUCAUCUAGACGCCCAAGAAGCAGUGUAUACAACGGCUGGUGAAAGUACUGAGUUGUUCGAGACGAUGAAGGAGGUUAGCAUCAAGCUAAUGGAAGAUGAUUUCUUUCACCAUCCACAUUUCUGUAGGAAGCUGGCUGAUCGGGAAGAGGAAUUUUCAGAAGCCUUAAAGGAGGUGCUUUCCGGAAACUUGCAGCUGGACAGUUCAGCCGUGGCCGGAAUCGGCGAGUACCGCAAUAAUUUUUUCUGCGCAAGUUUGAGCGACGAGGAACUACCAUGGGAUACUACCGAAACCGACUGGUAGCUGUUUGUCACUCGGUCGCAAUGAUUGAUCAAGAUUCCUCCACACUUCCUCCCUUGACCUUUAUACCCGUUAGAUCUACUGCAACAAUUGUUCAUUCCAACCCUGAGCAUCAAAAAAUUCUAUGGCACAUAGUUUUCUUGGAGCCAUUUAUCAGCCAGCGGUUUCCUACAAGCGUUACAUGAGUGGCCUUAGUACUCGGCGGUGGUGAUGGUGGUGAUUAAAUAGAUGAGGUCAAUUUCGAAAGCUUCACAUGUUUCAUUUCGUUAAUAUGGGUUCGGGAUAAUCUGGUUCCAGCAGGCACCAUAAAGCUUGCACUUACCUGUUCAACUUCCAUUAAAGAGUCUUGAU